AUGAAUCUGGUUUCUGGACAAAUAGUUAUGCCUCUUUUUGUGUUCCUAAUGAUUUUCCAAUGUUAUUUCUCUGUUGGUAUCGCAGAAGAUUGUGGAGGGAAGGAAAUUGCAUAUUCCAUUACAGUUGGCCAAUCUGGUAAGUUCAAAACAGUUCAAGCAGCAGUUGAUUCUAUAUCAAGGAACAAUGCUCGGUGGGUUAAAAUUCACAUACAUCAAGGAAAAUACCUAGAAAAGGUACAGAUUCCAAAAGAUAAACCAUGUAUCUUGUUGGAAGGGGAAGGCAGAAGAGUUACAACAAUUACGUACAAUGAUCAUCAACAAACGGAUACUAGCGCUACCUUCACCUCCUUUCCCAACAAUGUCAUUGUAGUUGGCAUCACCUUCGAGAACUCGUUUGAUCUCUCCACAGAAUCGCGAUUGGAGCAAAACGCGAGAGUAGUGCCAGCACUGGCAACGAGAAUAUAUGGCGACAGAUCAGCAUUUUUGGAUUGUGGCUUUUUGGGUUUUCAAGACACACUUUGGGAUGUCCAAGGCCGUCAUUACUUCAAGAAUUGCUAUAUUCAGGGUGCUGUCGACUUCAUUUUUGGCAACGGCCAAUCCUAUUUCGAGAAUUGUUACGUGAACGUGACGUUAAGCACGAGGUCAAGCGUGGGUGUUCCUUGGGGUUGUAUAACAGCACAAGGGCGAAGAUCCGAGAAGGAAGCAAGUGGCUUUGUGUUCGGAGGAGGCAGAGUUGUGGGAACCGGUCCGGUUCUGCUAGGAAGAGCCUACGGCCCUUAUUCAAGAGUCAUAUUUCACGGAACAUUUCUAGAUUCUCUGGUAUCUCCUCAAGGAUGGGAUGCUUGGCAUUACACACAACACAAGGGCAAUUUGAUGUAUGCUGAAGUUGGUUGUGAAGGCCCAGGGGCAACUCUAGGGAAGCGAGUUCCAUGGGAGACCAAACUCUCUGCUUCCAAGUUAAAUCAUCAAUUUUCAAAAUCAUCAUUUAUAAAUCAAGAUGGAUGGCUUGCAAAUUUACCUAAUUGA